AUGACAUGGCUAAAUGACUGGCGGACGGCGCUUGGCUCGGACAAGGGUUCCAAUGCAACCUUCAUAGGUGUGGUAGUCGCUGUUUGCGGCAACAUCCUUAUUUCUUUUGCACUCAACUGCCAGAAACUUGCACACCGCCGUAUCGAAGCUGCAUACAGAGCCAGGCAUGGCCUUGACGACGGAAACACAUCGGAGUCAACUCCGUCGGCACCAACCUACCAGGCCAUCGCUGCUACUACACCUGUAGACCUCUUGACUCCUACCCAACGCUCUCAGUCACUUCCUAUUGCCAGUCCCAGGACUCGCUCUUCCGUGGUUCUACCGCAACAAGCCAUCCCCCUCGUCGUAAGCUCUUCGCCAGUCGAAAGCAUUGGUUCUCGCCCAAGCCUCACCCCCCGGAGCCGGACUCAGAGCAGCAUAUUUAAUCAUGCUACUAUCGACGAACUUCAUGAAGGCAGUAGUGGAUCAACGUCCCGUGCCGAGCCUGCCGAUUGUGAUGUAGAGGCUGGAGUCGACCCAAACUCGGACCCAAAGGACGGCCCGGAAGAAUCUGCCUACUUGGGUUCCAAGCUAUGGUGGUUCGGUUUCGCCUUAAUGAAUAUUGGUGAAGUUGGCAAUUUUAUGUCAUAUGGCUUUGCUCCAGCCUCACUCGUUGCGCCUCUCGGAGCGGUGGCCCUCAUAUCCAACUGUUUCUUUGCUCCACUCAUCCUGCACGAACGAUUCCGGAAACAAGAUCUUUUGGGAAUAGCUCUGUCAAUCUUUGGUGCAGUCACAGUCGUUUACGCUUCACAAUCUUCCUCUGCACGUCUCGACCCGGACGCACUUGUCUACGCAAUAACUCGCAUCCCAUUCCUCAUCUGGGCAGCCGUUAAUGUGGCGGCGAUCAUAGCUCUAGCUGGGUUGAGUUCUCAGCGAGCCAAACUCGAGAGCUCGGAAUGGAUGCAAGGAGACAGAUGGGCACUCGUUGAUGUCGGACUCUGCGCGCUCUUUGGUGGAUUUACGGUCUUGGCCACUAAAGCUGUGAGCUCGUUGUUAAGUACCGAAUGGGCGAGCGUGUUUACCGAAUGGAUCUUUUAUCCCUCAAUACUGGUGCUCGGACUUACUGGAAUAGGCCAAAUCAAGCACUUAAACCGCGCGCUUCACUUUCACGAAUCACGGGUUGUUAUCCCUACUCAAUUUGUUUUAUUUAAUCUUACAGCCAUCGUUGGCUCCGCCAUCCUUUAUCGCGACUUUGAUAAAAUCGACUUCCACAGAUUCCUUACCUUCUUCUACGGUUGUUGCACAACUUUUCUCGGCGUAUACCUCCUCACUCGUCCUUCUAACCCCUCUACCCCGGUUCAUACCCCACAAAUAUCUCGGACCCCAAGCCAAUCCACACCCCUGCUUCCCAAAUCUUCCACUCCGCGCACACGACCAUCCUCAGCUGCGGCCAAACAUCGUACCAUCACACGCCGCGGAUCGACCUCGAGUCUUAACGUUGUAGGACUCAGCCCAGGGCCGUACCUUUUACUGGCCACUCCGAGUGGCAGUCCGGGUAUGGUUGCUGUGCCUGUGAAAGAUAGUCCUGAGAGAAAUGGGAGGAGAAGUCGAAGUCGAAGCACUGUGCGAGGCCAGACGAGGUGA